AUCAAAUUAGAUUCUUGUUUAACAUGUUUAAUAUUUUGAAUGAGUUAGAUAUACAAUUUCUUGACAUAACAAUAUUGAAUACUUGAGAACGUACAUGUCUGAUAUCUUUGAAGUUCACCUGACUAGCUAUGCAUGCCUUACAGUCUUACACCUCAUUUGAUUUUUCAGUGGUUAAAGGCUGAUCAAAAGCACCCUACAUGAUCUGACUCAGCUCUCUGAACUGCUUCAUAUUCCCUGUUUGUUCCUUCUUUUCUCUUUUCUCUGUAACCCUGCUGAUAUCAAUAAAAGAGAAAAAGGAAAGCUUAAAAGCUGAAUUUUACUAUUGAAUCUCUAGGGUAGUUAUUGGAUUAGUUCAUUAUGAGACUAAUCUAACAAUUCGCGACUUUGAAGUAUUAAUAUCUGAAGCACUAAAAUAUUUUCGCUAAUCCAGUUUGGUUAUGUCAGACUAAAACCAUUUUGACAAUUAAUUAAAAAACUAAAAGCGAUCACAUGUGUCAUAGCUGCAAAUUUGAUUCUUUACAAAUAAGUCAGAUGAGGAUAAGUUAAUAAAGGUUGACUAAAAUAGUUCACUCCUACAAGCUAGUAAAAUAUAUGGCCUAAUCCUCCAUUGAAGAUCUGAAACAGCAAAAAUGGCAACACCCAGCAAGCUAUACACCUUGUGUUCUCUACUAAUGGCAGCACUAUUUGCUUACUCAGCUGCUGUUCAAUUAAAUGACCCUGAUUGGUACUUUUGGUUUCCUCUUUAUGCUGUUGCUUGUGUUGUAAAUCUAGUGAACUGGGCUAUCACAUCCAAAAAAGUCAACCAAUUUGCUGAGGCAGCACUAUGGCUUGGAAUGUUUCUAUUUAUCAAGGUUGUAGCUGAAGAUUUUGUAAAUGGUAUAUCUGGGUUUCGGUCACUGGAUUUGAGUGAGAGAGUAAUCAGGGAGAAGAUAGGAAGUGGGUUAGUCAUAAUCUCUAUGGUUUUGCAGUUGAUGGCAUCAUUAUCAUCACCAGAAGCUCACACACAGAAAAGGCCAAGAUAUCUUGAAUAUGGCAUGGGAAUCCUGGUGGGGUUUGGUUAUGGACUCCCAUUUGUGUUCUUUGUGGUCCUAAAAGGUGAAAUGAAGUUCUGAAAGCACAUAAUGCAUGAAGCACGAAACAAAAUGGAAUCUCUAGUGUUGUAUGGUCAUUGUUUGUACCAGGAAUGAACAGUUUACUGUCAUGAUUUUAGCUCGUAAUAGCAGAAGGCGCCAACAAGUUAAAUUCCAGAAGGCCAGAAUUCAAAUACUUGUCCAUGAAUUUGAAACAUAGCUAAUCUAAACAUUUAGCUUGAAUGUU